UCCCUAGUGGCUGCUGCCAUGGUCAAUCCCGUCGUGUACUUCAACAUCACCGCUGAUGGCGAACCUUUAGGUCGCAUUUCCUUUGAGCUGUUUGCAGAUAAAGUCCCAAAGACAGCAGAAAACUUCCGUGUUCUGAGUACUGGGGAGAAAGGAUUUGGUGACAAAGAUUCCUGCUUUCACCGAAUCACUCCUGGGUUUAUGUCCCAGGGUGGAGACUUCACACACCAUAAUGGUACUGGUGGCAAGUCCAUCUAUGGGGAGAAGUUUGAUGAUGAUAACUUCAUCCUGAAGCAUACAGGUCCUGGCAUCCUGUCCAUGGCAAAUGCUGGACCCAAUACAAAUGGUUCCCAGUUUUUUAUCUGUACUGCUAAGACUGAAUGGUUGGAUGGCAAGCAUGUAGUCUUUGGCAAGGUGAAAGAAGGCAUGAACAUUGUGGAAGCCAUGGAGCGCUUCGGGUCCAGGAAUGCAUGGUGGCAGAGGAGAAUGCUGAGGGCUAGAGAAAGGAAGGAAGAAACAGGUAAAAGUGAAAAUCCAUGCAAAGAUAGCGCCUGGGAGAACGGUUACUAG